UGUUUCUGUAGUGAAUGUGAUGUCCUGUGUUGCAGGCUGGGAGGAGGAGAGCGUGAGCAGCCCCAGCAUCCUGAGGCUGAUCUUCCAGGGCCGCUUCCUGCAUGGUAAUGUCACACUAGGAGCUCUGAAGUUGCCCCCUGGCCGAACAACUGUCAUGCACUUGGUUGCCAGAGAGACGCUGCCAGAGCCGAACUCCCAUGGCCAGAGGAACAGGGAGAAGACUACAGAGAGCAGCUGCUGUCUACUGCUGUAAAACCCAGACAAACCUUCCCCCCACCUCCUCCUCGUCCUUCUGCUCCCCGCUCCCGUCUCUGCUCACCAACCCGUGGUGCAUUCUGGAUGAUUACAGAAGAGUUCCAGGGAGAGUGCGACUAGGUUUUUGUUCAGUGUUUUUGCUCUGUUUAGUAGCUGGAGACUGCUGUGCCAAGUUUAUCAAAUCUCAUAUGUUUGCCUUCGUUCGGUUUUUCUCGUUUCGUUUGGUUGCCUAAUUUACUUGCUUAGUGAAGUGGCCGUUUGUUUCCAGGCCUCCUGAAAAUAUUAAACUCCGCAAAUAUGAAAUACCUGAAUCAUUGACAGGAAAUUACGUAAACAGUUGUGUGAACAGUUUUUUUAGGGGGAUGUCCUGUACUCGAGAGACCUUCUGCUCUCCCAACACCCAAGUGUCAGAGUUUUCACUUGGAUCACACGUCUGACUCAGACGAAGCUUAACAUGCGUCAUAAUCUCAGACUUUUGAUUGCACUUAACACGGAUCCUUAUCUGAAGUUACUAUAUGUGUGUUGUAGUCUUAAUCUUCCCGCCUGCCUCAAACAGAAGGAGCUUACGGAGAGAGAGAGAGGUGUGAUGACACAAGCGCCAGUCUGUUGCUGUGGACCGAGGGAGUCUGCUGUAGCGCUGGUGGAUUUGAUGUGCCAUGGCCACCUACGAUUCUUGCCUUUUGUCUUAGGACCAAUCGAGAGUAGAUCUCAAAGUCGCCAGACUCUUCUUACUGACCAGUUGUGUCAACAUCUGUGCAUGACCCUAGUCUAGUGUUUCCUCACCCUGGAUGUGUACCAGCCGCCUUUAAAAACCAUUCACCCUGUGUCUACUUGAAUAGCGUUUUUUAUUUUCCUCGUCUCCGCUGAAGAAGCAUGAGGGAAGGUUGGCGAUUUUGUGCUUGAUGUGAAAUGACACAAACUCUUCUUCUUGCCCAGUCAGGAUAUAUCAUCUCUAUCCUAUUCCAUUCUUGUCUAACGUGCGUCCUGAGGGACAAAGCCCAGGUGCAAAGAAUAAGGAAAUCAUCAGAAAGCCUCUGUCUGGAGCGAAGGGCUGGGCUGGUAAAAGCCCCCAUUAUAAGCGCUAUGGAUUCAUGAACCCCCUGCUGCGCUGCAGCUUUAGAGGUAAAGAUGUGUGCCAGGAAUGGCCACCCCUAAUGGCCUCCAACUGGGCUGAAAGAAAGAAAAAAAUAAGUGUUUUAUUUCCUAAUGUUUGUAUGCCGUCUGUUUUGUUUGCCUUAUGAUUGUGGGAAAUUAAUAUUAUUAUUAAUAAUGGAGUCAUUUUUAUCUUGUCUGAGUACGGUUGAGUUUUUAUUAGUACACAUAAGAUGGUUGACUCAUGUUAAUUGUGUGUGUGAGAGGCUUUUUUUUUUUUUUUUUCUUUU